UACUCUACUUGUGCCUAUAUAAAGAACACGCCCCUUCAUCCUGCAGAACCACAGUUUCUUGUGCACACCACCAGCUUAUUUGCCUCUCGUUAAGUCACUUUCUUCUACAAAAUACGUUGCAAACAACCUGAUCAAGCAAGGAUGACAAACAGAUCUAUAUCUUUCCCAUCAUCUCCUGUUGGCUAUGUAUUUCGUCCGACCGAUGAACAAUUGGUGAAUCAUUACCUGAGGUUAAAAAUGCAUGGCGGCUAUGAACAAGAAGUCAGCAUAAUCGCCGAAGUUAAUGUGUGCGAUUUUGAGCCUCGGGUACUCCCUGGGCUUUCUACAUAUCAGUCAAACGAUCCAGAGUGUUAUUUCUUUUGUCCUCGCAGUUAUAAGUACGUAAAUAGUCACCGGGCUAAUAGGACAACUGCAGCUGGAUACUGGAAAGUGACCGGCAAGAAUCGUAUAAUCAAAGCUAAAUCUACCAAGAAGCAUAUUGCUACCAAGAAGACUCUGGUUUUCUACGAGAAUCGUGUUCCUAAUGGAGUCAAGACCGAUUGGAUCAUGCACGAGUACCAUCCAACUUUCAGCUUCCACAACCAGAGGGACUUCGUUCUCUGCAAACUGAAGAAACAUCCAGAUGAGAACAUGCCAACAUUUGAAGAAAGUGAAUCAAGUUCCAAUGUUCCUUAUGGUCUUGGAAAUCAAAAUCCAACUGUGCGUAAUUAUCCCCUGACCUUUGAAGAAGGUGGGCAUACUGCCCAGAUGGCUUCCAAUUUAGCAAACAAUAGGCUAGAGGAAGAGAUCAAUCAACUCCGAACACAACUGGAAUCAUUCCGUGGCUUUGAUGAUGGAGAUUUCGGCCUGAAUUCUGCCCUGCAGUUUUCACCUGGGAAUUAUAUGUAAACCCUAUCCUGCAAUAGGUUUUCGAUCGUCCAUGUCUAUCAAACUUUGCUAUAUAUAUGUAUUAAACCUAGCCUGGAAUAACAGAGUUCAUAUGUACUGGGUGAAGUGUGGUUGAUCAUAAGCCAUAAGAACAACUUGCCUCAAGUUGUUCUUUAUGGUGUUUCUCCUUGUUUGUUUUUUCCCAAGAGGAAUUGAAUGCAUUUCAAGUGUGCUCA